AUGGGAUUAGUAACCAAAUUUGAUGUUCCAACCAAGAGCCAUUUAAAAACUGGAAAGAGUACUGAAGUAGCACAGUUAGUGAACUCUUCCUCCCAACUCCAUUUACCUCCUGUUUGGGCAGUUGAAACUGUCCGCAAUCCAGCAACAACAGUAUUUUCCACCAAAGAAAAAUUAAAAAGUUAUAAUAUGGCAACUAUUCAACAAUUAUUUGAUAAAAAAUAUUCUGAAAAAAAAGAAGAGGAAAUACAAUUUUCAGAUUUGAAUGAAGGAAAAAUUUCUGCUAGUGAAUUAACCAUUGAUAAUUUUCCUAAUCUAAGAAAAUUGAAUGUUAAUAAUAUUAAAUCUUUAACUAGAUUGAAAAUUAUCAAUUGUCCUCAGUUGGUUGGUCUUGAUUGUCAAAAUAAUGAUUCGCUUAUUGGCCUAAAUUUAAGCGAAUGUAAUGAACUUAUGAAAGUUAAGGUCUCCAAUAAUCUUUUGGAACUAAUAGAGUUACCCACUAAUUCUGAAAAAUUAUCUUUCCUAGAGAUAAAUGACAAUAACUUUCCUUCGCAAGACUUAUCUUUUUUAAUACCUUACAAGAAUUUAGAAGUACUUGAUUUAGGAAACAACUCCAACGAGAAGAAAGUAAAAAAAGGAAUUUAUAAUCGCUUUUAUGGAAUUAAAGGAACGGAUAUUGAUAGCGGAUUGGAAUAUUUAUCGGAGAAUUUGCAAAGACUUAAUUGUCCGAUUGGAGUAAGAGUUGAAGCAAAGGAGCAAAAAGUAGAAACCAAAAAGGUUAACUCUAGUAAUAACCGUAAAAAAAAUAAAAAUGCUAAGCAGAAAGAAAAGUUAGAAAUUAUUCAAGAGGAAAUUAAACAGUUGAAGAAAGAGAUUGAAAAAUUGCGUGCAGAAAAUCAGGAACUUAAUGGGAAAUUGAUAAAUAGCAGCAAUAUUAAUCAAGAGAGAACUGAAAAUGAAACUCUUCAACAACAGAUUGCUUCUCAGCAAAAUGAAUUAAAAACUUUACAAGAAGAUUUGCAAAAUAACCGUUCAAGUUACACCAAAUUUGUAAAUGAAACUUUACAAACUAAGAAAAAAGAGGUUGAAAAUCUAACUAAAAAAUUAAGCAACUUGCAAAAUCAAGUAGAAAUUCCUCCUAAAAGUUAA